AUGUUCUCUAAACCCAACCCAUUCGAUGAAUCCGUCGCUGCGGCUACAAAUGAGAAUCUGACAUCUGAAAACUGGGAACUCAUUCUCGGCAUUUGCGACAGAGUAUCACGAAGUUCACCGGAUAGUGCUCGUGAUUGUGUUUCUGCCGUCGCCAAACGAUUCGGAAGCCGCAAUGCCAAUGUUCAGUUGUAUGCACUUGCUUUGUCGGAAGCUCUCGUCAAGAAUUGCGAUAUCAAUGUUCAUCGAGAAAUCUCAUCCCGUGCCUUUACCAAUGCACUAAGCAAAUUGAUCCAUGAAAAGACCACCCAUGAUAGCGUACGCAAACGAGCACUCGAAUUUAUUCAAAUGUGUUCCCAAGAGUUCAGUGCUGAUUCAAGUCUCGGUUUGAUGAACGAAGUAUAUCAUUCCUUGCGUGCAGAAGGCAUCCAAUUUCCCAAUCCACAGAAACCUAAAAAAGAAUAUACCCAGACUGAAAUGGAUAAGCAAAAGGAAGAAGAAGAACUUCAACUCGCACUUGCUCUUUCUUUAUCCGAAUCCGAAAACCGAUCCACCUACAGACCAUCUGCAGCUACUGCCAAGGCAUCAUCAACAACACAAGGAGCCGAAGCAAAUGCAUCCAAGCCCAAACCUGCACAAGAAUCAGCUCCCAAGGUUUCUCGAGUGCGUGCUCUUUAUGAUUUCACACCAACAGAGCAAGGCGAAUUGGGAUUCCAAAAGGGUGAUAUUAUUCGCGUGAUCGAAAGCGUAUAUCGUGAUUGGUGGAAGGGUGAAUUGCGUGGUGAAAUGGGUAUUUUCCCUGUCAACUAUGUGGAAAAAUUGCAUGAUCCCACACCAGCUGAUUUGAUGAAGGAGGCCCAAAUGGAAGCUGAAGUGAUGGCUGAAAUCCAAAACGUUGAUCGUUUAUUGGACAUGCUUGGUCGCAUUGAUCCACAACGAGAUGCCUUCUCGGAGAAUGAGGAAUUACAGACGCUUUACAACAAUACCCUAUCCAUCAGACCCAAGCUUGUGAGAUUGAUUGAAAAGUAUAGCGUCAAGAAAGAUGAACUCGUGGCAUUGAAUGAGCGAUUCCUACAUGCACGCACAAUGUACGACCGUAUGCUUGGCAGUUCAAUCGCACAAUACACUUCAACAGCUGGAGCACAACCCGAUUAUCGAAUGUCACAACAAUAUGGUGGUGUGCCUGCCUAUGAUCCCCAGCAAUUCCAUCAACAACAACAACAACAACAGCCACCUCAGGCCACGCCUCAAGUGAUGCAUCAACAAGCUCCUCAGCAACCCUAUGGCAUGUAUCCACCUCAACAACAACAACAGCAAUCUCCUCAAGUCCAACAGCAACCUUAUGGUGUUUAUGACAAUUACCAGCAGCAACCACAGCAACAGCAACAGCCUGUUGCUCAACAACCAUACCCACCAAUGCAACAAUCGCCACAACAAUCCCAGCAAUCAGGAGCUCAACAGCAACCACAACAACCCUACGGCGGUGCAUAUGAUCCAUCUAUGCAACAGCAACAACAACAGCAACAGCCCUACCCUCCUCAACAGCAACAACAGCAACAACCUUAUCCUCCACAACAGCAACAAGCUCCUCCUGCUGCUGCUGCUCCUCAACAACAACAACAGGCUGUUCCUCCUCCACAACAGCAAACACCCAUCUCCUACGGUAGUGGUGGUAGCGUACCUACACCUACUGAAACUUAUCCAGGAUACCAGCAACAAUCUUAUCCCCCACAAGGUUAUCAGCAACCUUCCCCAGCCAUUCAUCAACAACCUCCUGGUGCUCAGCAACCACCUGCUUACGGAUACGGUGUCGUUUCACCUUGA